AUGUCACAGCCGCAGCUCUUCAUCCCACCAGAGUGCCACCUGCCCCGACAGCUGACCCUGGGCCGGGAGGCUCACCGGCUCCGGGAACCAGCUGCUCAGACGAACAAGCCGAAGGCCCAGGGAGCCGGCGCUCCGAGCCUCCCGCCGGCUUUGGCGUCGGCUCCUCCCCGGCGGCCCGUCCCGGAGGAGGACUGGCGGGCACACCCACGUCCCGCCGCGCCGCCCACCCCGCGCGGGGCUCCCCUCUCGAGCCCCGGGCUGGGCUGUCACCGCGGUCGCCCGGUCGGGGAAAAGGCCCGGAGGACGGCUGGGCUCGCCCCCGCCCGGGGCUCCGCUGGGCGGCUGCUGGCCGGGCACCGGCUCCCCCGGGGUCCGCUCGCCGGGUCCGGGGGCGCCCGGCCGCUCCUCCAGCCCCGCCCCCGCCCGCUGCAAGGGCCGCCCCGGGCCUGGGGCCCGCCGGACGCCUCCGCCCCGGACGAGCACAAAGACGCGCGCCCGGCGCAGGGACCCCCGGCCUCCCCGCCCGUCGCCCGCGCUGGCAGGUGUCGCUCGGCCGCGGCGCCCGAGUCCCGCGGCCCGGCCGGCGCGGGCGGUGGGGAGGGGGUCCCCGCGCCGCCCGCUCCCCACCGGCCCCCUCCCGGUCCCCGCGUCUCACCUGCGCCCCCAGGCCGGCGCCCCGCUGCCCGGCCCGGGCGCCGCCGGCGCUUCCUGCUCGCGACUUCCUGGGGCGGCGCGCGGAGGCCCCGGCGGCCCUUUCACUUUCCUGAGGCAGCGGGGCGCCCGGCCGGGCGGUGGCGGCGGCGGCGGCGGCGGCUCGGCCCCUCCCUCUCAUCCCCUCGCCGGUCCUCCCGCGGCCCCGGAGCGCACCCGGAGGCCCAGCCAGCCCCGGGGAGGCCGGGCGGGGACGCCGCCACGAGGAGACCCCAGGCCACCGCCGCUCAGGACUCCUCCCCGCGGUCCCCGCUCCUUGCACCUGCCUGCGGGCGCCCGGGCUUGAGUUCGAAACUGACCAAAGAAGAGCUCCCCAAGGACCCUUUGUCCUCAAGGUGUUAUGCUUGAAACGACUGCACACAAGCUCAGGACGGAGCACAGCUGGGAUGUCACUCUGGAGACUCUCUUGGCGCAGGUAGAUGAUAACUUUAAAGUCUUUUUUACAAUCACACAAAUUUCACAAAAGUUGAAGUUAUUUUUAAGAAUCUGACCCUCUUCCUUUUCUUUCUAGGUGUAAUGUUGACAUUUCUUGUGCGAAUCAAUAAAUGAAUUUCCAACCCAGUUGAACUUUUCAUAUCCAGCUUUUCGAACUCAUGACACAGCGUGGGGACCGGUGGAGGUGUGCCCUCAGGCUGCCGCUGCCACAGCCCCUGGCCAGGGUUCCAGAGAGAUGAGUCCAGGGUGCCCAGACCUGGGGCUGCCCGCUCAGCACACCUGCCUGGCCGGGCCUCUGCUUUAACUCGAGACUUCCACGCUUGCUUUGAAUUUAUUUUGAUUUUUAUUUCAGAACAAGAGGAACAGACCAAAUGAGAGGCACAUUCACUCUUAUCCGACAGAUGUGUCUUGGGUGCCUACCAGGGCCAGAGCGUGCCAGGCGCUGAGGCCUCAGUCAACUGGGGCCUUGCCUUUGCAGAAUCCACAGAGCAAGAGGCUCGCGGCAAGAGUGGAAGGGACUUGGGUUCAUAUCCUGGGGCGGCCAUAACUAAAGACCUCAGACUGGGGGGCUUAAGACAAUGGACGUUUAUGGCCUCACAGGUCUGGAGGCCACAGGUCUAGAUCAAGAUGCUGGCGGG